ACUAGUUCGACUGAGAAGUAUAACAGCCACUGGACAAGUGGAAGCGAAAAUCUCCGCACCUGCCAAGCGGUGUAGCCUACUCUCUCUGCUGUUCCUUGAACGGAAAACGGUGACGGGAGAUUUAUAUUUUUGACAGGAUCUGGCCUAGGCUCGCAUCCAGGUAUCUUCAACUUGAUAGUGAAUCGCCAGUUUUUUUUUAAAUCUCUUCGAUUUUUUUUGCGUUGCUUUUCUUUAAUGCAUUUAUUUUUGCCUGUUGCUAUUUCCUACAAGGACUGUGGCUACAUUAUUUUGUCUGAAAUUGAAUAGAGUGUCCCUCGGACUUUUAACAAAAAUGACGAUUGGACAGCAUUGACACGUUUUUAUGCUGAGCAUUGCAGGUUCUGAGGAUGGAACAGUGCUUUCGAGACGCAAUUGUGCUAAAACACAACGUUUAAAAUUCCCUAAACUAUUCACUGCUAUUACGAUUAGAUAUCGUUUUGUGGUGUAUUCAGAAUAGCCACAGAUCCAUUCGCUGUAAGGUGCCUGCUCUCCGCAAUGAGUCGGCAUGUCCAUCUGGCUGAAAAUGAAUAAUUCAGUCUUUAAUAAAAUACCCGCACUCUAUGCGUAAACAUGGAGUUUAUGAUAUAACACGGAUUAUGUUUGGAAUGACCAGAAAAAAUUCUAAAAAUGAUCUACGUUGGGUUUUUGCUCCAUAUUUCACACUGACUAUAAUUUUAAUCAAUAUCGGUGUUGUGCACUGCUUUUAUGGUUUAGUGAUAUAACAACUACUUAGACGUGUAUCCUGUACAAAAUGAUCAAGAUGAUACUGUUUCGUAAAUUUCGAGUUUUGAUACUCAUGGUGUUUUUGGUGGCGUGCACCAUGCACAUUAUGAUAGACUUGCUCCCAAAACUAGAGAAGCGAGCGGCGGGACCGGAAACCGGUAACGGUGGCUGCCAGUGCGCGCACAACCCGAGCGAGGAGGCCGGGAGCUGGGGGAAGCAACGCGUUCGGUCGGUGGCGGAACCGGGCUGGCCUAACAAACACACGCUGAGAAUCCUGCAAGAUUUUAGCAACGAGCCGAGCUCAAACCUCACGUCCCAUUCCCUGGAAAAAAUCCCUGCCGCUGGGGAGAGAGCGGAGUCUUUCAAACGAAUGAAACAGUACGACGGGGCAGCGGAUAACCAGAAGCCGCUCAUCAGAGACGCCAGCGGGGGUAAGACCGUUGCUGCGCCCGGUGUCUACCGGCUGUCGGCUCUGUUCGAACAUCCUUUAUACAAAACGGACCUGCCGACCCUCACAGACGACGACACCUUGUUCAACGUCAAUACUGACAUCAGGUUCUAUCCGAAAGCAGCGGGGAAUCAAGAAUGGCACAAUGAAGCCAACGUGGAAGAGGAGGAGUACCCCCCUACAGGGGAGGUGACAGCUGAGUCCUACCCCAACUGGCUUCGCUUCCACAUCGGUAUCAACCGCUACGAACUCUACUCCAGACACAACCCUGUCCUGGACUCCAUGCUCAAGGAUCUGGUCACCCAGAGGAUCACCAGUGUGGCCAUGAAGUCAGGAGGAACUCAACUGAAGCUCAUCAUGACUUUCCAGAACUACGGACAGGCGCUGUUCAAGCCCAUGAAGUAAGUACCAAUCGUUUGUAUAAAAUGUACAAGAAGGAUCAAGGAUGACCUACCGGACAUCUCUUCAAGUAGUGUCUGUAGUGUCUGUUGCAGAGGGAAAACAUGUUGACAAAGAAAAUACCUUCAAAGCCCCCGUUCUAUCAUCUAUUUAUGAACGUUCAUGAUAUCAUAAUACAUUGCGUUUGCCUAUUUAU